GAAAUGGAUCAAAGCCCAAGCCCAGCCCACUUCGUUGCUGAUAGCGCUGCGACUCGAAAGGUUGGUAUUAUUACUAGUGACUCUGUACAAUCGCAAGACUUGAUUCUCCCCGUUUUCGCGUUCGACUUUUGUUCUCUGUCUCCCUGCAAAUCUGCAAACAUCAAAAAUUAAGAACAUCCAUACAAGGUGUUUUCUAAAAUUUCACGUAACAACGGUGCCCAGACUCAAGCCUCAACACUCGCCGCCUCUUGCAGCAGCAUCCCAUCAUGCCGGCAGCUAAACCUCCAUCCCAAGGCGUCGGUCCUGUCUAUCAGGCCGAGCACCAGAAGCCAACGGCUACCGUGUCGACCGACGUCACGCGAUUCGCAAACGUCACGGUGCUGCCACAGACGCCUCAACUCAUCGCCCUGCUCACCAUCAUCCGCGAUAAGGCCACGGAGCGUGGUGACUUCAUUUUUUACUCAAAUCGCAUCAUCCGUCUGCUGGUCGAAGAGGGCUUGAACCACCUUCCGACGGUCGAGCACACCGUGACGACCCCUGUCGGCCGUCCCUAUGCCGGCCUCAUGUUUCAGGGCAAAAUCUGCGGUGUCUCUAUCAUGAGAGCCGGCGAGGCCAUGGAGCAGGGUCUCCGGGAUUGCUGCCGCUCAGUUCGCAUUGGCAAGAUCCUGAUCCAGCGUGACGAGGAGACUGCCACACCCAAGCUCUUUUACGACAAGCUGCCUGAAGAUAUUGCCAGCCGAUGGGUGCUUCUUCUCGACCCCAUGUUUGCUACGGGCGGCUCUGCAAUUAUGGCAGUGGAAGUCCUCAAGGGUCGCGGUGUUCCAGAGGAGAGGAUUCUGUUCCUCAACCUCAUCGCAAGCCCUGAGGGGAUCGAAAACUUCGCUACCAAGUUCCCCAAGCUGCGGGUAGUCACGGCCUUUGUCGACCAAGGACUGGAUGAAAAGAAUUAUAUCAUUCCUGGCCUUGGUGAUUUUGGUGAUCGAUUCUACACCAUGUGAGGAUCGAUGGAGCUCAUACGCACCUCACAACCUCACCAGGCAACCCUUCUCCUAAAAACAAACGGUGGGCACUUGAUGAAAUCAUAGAUAGCCUUGUUUCUCCUCCAAUCUGUGAGCUUCAUAUCCCAACUUAUUCGGCAAGCGUUGUCGCGGUAAAUUCGUCAGGUUUCUUGGGGCCCAUCAGCUUCGUAAAGAAAAAAAAAAAAACUUUGUUUCGUGGGUGUAUGCGCUCAGUCGUAGUCAUCGUCGGCCCCAACGCCAUGUCCCGCGUAUCU